UACUCAGUUUAUUUCAAGUAUAAUGUGGGAAAACAAUACAAUUUAGUAAUGUAUUUAAAUCUAAAUAAUCUCAGAGUAACUAAGUAGUUUUAAUAAAAUGUCUUCACUAUCCGGAAUCAUAAAUGCUAAAAAACACAUUCUUGUGUACAUUGAAGACACUGUUUCCAGCUAAUCAAACAUAAAAAAUGGCCCAAAGGUCAAAAACAUUGGAAAACUUACGAGGACAAAACAAAAAUAUUUCAUGGCUUGAUGAUAUUACAACAUUGACUCGUCGCAUCUCCUUGGACGCAACAGCGACAGAUCUAGCGAAAACUACCAAACAAACAGCCGCACAUUCUGCGGGGGCACUACGGAACGGUAAUGGCUCCAUAUCAAACGGUCGUCGGAAAAGCAGCAAGUUCGACUGGGGCGACACGGAGGGUCUAUCCAACGAUUUCCUGUCCGACCUCCUACCGCACUACGUCACACCACGACACGCGCGACCCAACCUGCGGAUCGACGAGGACUUCGAUGACGUAAUACUGGGAACUAAAUAUUUAGGAUCAAGAAGAAAGCAGGAGACGAAAGCAGAAAAUGUCCAUCGGCGCAGCACUAAAAAGAGAUCAGGAUCUAAAGGAAAUAAUGACCAAAUACCAAAAGAUUCAAUUAGCAAUGAAAGGACGAGGGAGACAGUCAAAAGUGAAUUUAUCAUACCGGAGUUGCCAGAAGGGAGAUUGCUGGAAAUAAAGAUAUUCUCAAACUGGGGAGAUAAAUCCUUGGUUGGAUUAAACGGAAUCGAACUGUUUGAUUCUAACGGCGAUCCUGUAGGCGUAGAAAAGGUGUGGUCAGACUGUGUCGACGCUGCGGACGCGUCCACGGUAACAGACGGCGUGGUACGCACGCGUGACGAGCGGCACGCGUGGGCGGCGCCCGCGCACGCCACGCCUCUCGCGCUGUAUCUGCUGUUGGCGGACCGCGUACAACUCGCGCUGUUGAGGAUAUGGAACUACAACAAGUCGCGCAUCCACUCGUCGCGCGGCGUGCGGCUCGUGCAGGUGAAGCUGGACGAGCGCGUCGUGUUUCACGGCGAGAUCGCGCGCUCCAGCGGCGAGCUGACGGGACCGCUGCCGUCGACCGGUGACACAAUACUAUUCACGAAAGAUUCCAAAAUCCUCGAGGCGAUUAUGAGCAAUGACAUCAAUUUUCAAGAGCUACUCCAAGAAAGUGAUCCUAUGAGUGACUCCAGUGUUUUGGAGGAAAGGCCACAAACAGCUGACGAUAACAAAAACAGCGUGAGCCCUGACGCUGAUGGUGAUGAAGUUGAUGAUGAGGAGAAAUGUAUCACGAAGACUAUUGUACUAACGCUGAUGUCCAAUUGGGGAAGCAAGCAUCUGAUUGGUUUGACAGGCAUCGACAUCCUCAGAAGCGACCAGUCCAUCCCCGUACAUCGUGCGUACGCCUACACCGCCCCCGCAGAAGACGACCGCCCACCGCACAAACUCCUAGACUGUUCCCAGCUGUUCAACGGCAGAAAUGUCACCACCGAUAUGAAGGAUAUGUGGUGUACAGAGUUCGGUCCCGGAGUGUACUGCCAUGUUGUUAUGGAGCUGAGUGAACCUACUGAGGUUACAGGCAUCCGCUUAUGGAACUACAACGCGAGCAUGGAGUUAUCGUACGCGGGCGCGAUGCACGCGGGCGUACGCACGAGCUUCCCCGCCGAGCGGGCGUGCGGCGAGCGAGCGGCGCUGCUGCGGCGCGCGCCCGGACACGCCGCGUACGACUACGUGCAGCAUAUACCGAUAGGUGGUAAUAGUAUGAACGAAGCUCUAGACCGCAUCGCGGACAUGUCGUGGCGGAGCUACGGACUGGAGGACGUGCCAACGGGCUUCGUGCUGCAGAUCAACAUCUAUUCCACGUGGGGCGACCCCUACUACGUGGGGCUGACGGGGGUUGAGCUGUUCGACCCACGGGGAAAUCCCAUAGAGGUCACAGAGUCGAACGUAUGCGCGUAUCCGGCGAGCGUGAACGUGUUAGAUGCGGGCGAGGCGGGCGGGGCCGGCGGGGUGGGGGCGGGUCGCGACGUGCGCACGCCGGCGCGGCUCGUCGACGGACACAAUCGCGCCGCGGACGCACACCACUCGUGGCUGGCCCCUGUUCUUCCUAAUACGCUCAACAGGGUAUUUUUCGUAUUUGACGCUCCGAUAUCUGUGUUCGGUAUGAAGAUAUGGAACUACGGGAAGACACCUACGAGGGGCGUAAAAGAGUUAGCGAUAUUAAUGGACGAUUUGCUACUAUACACUGGUGUACUGGACAUGGCGGCACCGGGCGAGGAGCUCGUGCCGCAGUGGCUCAGCCUCGGAGAUGUGGACAUUGACAACCUCACGCCUAGUCCAUCUGCAGUAGAGCGACGCAGCACAACAGGGGGCAGCUCCCCGCGAGGCGCGCGCCCGCGGACCGCCGUCACCGCAGAUAAUACGCACGCCACCAUGAUGUUCUACUACUGAACUUAGCUAUAAGGGUUAUAAUACGACGAGACGAGUCGUUGUAUUAAUCAGAUAUCUCUUAGGUUUCAGUCUCGAAAUCAGCGGGCAGCGGAACGGCAGCGGCGG